AUGACCUCAGAAGAGGUAAAAGUUCAAGAACUCCUCAAUCAGUUCAAGGACCUGUUCGAAGAGCAGCACCCGGCAGCCAUCAAGGCACCGGCGGGGUUUGAUAAAGCACUACGGAAGCUCGGACAACUGAAAUUCUCCAGCGAGUUUUACGAAAAGAGCUUCGACUAUUGGUUCGCCUACGUGAUUCUAACUUGUCGCGACGACAACUUUGAUGUGUCCCUACAAAACCUAUCAGCCAGUAGCCUGCAGCAGCUCCUGAGUGGUGUAUGUGAAAUCCCGGUCAGUGAUUCUUUCAUAGCAAUCAAAAAGCACACGUUCGACGGAUCACAACGUGGAUCAAGACGCUGUACCGACUUGCUCGAUAGUGGGACGGGGAGUCCGAUGCAUGAGGAAGAGGUCGCAAGAGCUCUAAACUCACCGUCUACCGAGCCAGAAGCGGGGAAUCUGGCGAGUCCAGACAAGUCCUCCCCGGCGUCGGUCUUCUGUAUUAAAGAAGGGUACGAUUAUGCAUGGCCGCGAGCAAAGACACUACCAUUUGUCUUCCCGCACUAUUUAUGUUCCAUCAUCGUUAAGCAUGGCGAUGAAGCAACUCUCAUGUUGUCUUUCGGAAGUCAGCCCGAUGAUUGCCGCCUCGUCUUCGACAUCGAAUCAACCGAUGUACCGCACGUUGCUCGGGAGCUGUUCGGCAUCCAUGUACGAGACAACAAUCAACAACGUCAUGUCUAUUUGCCCAACGGCGCUACCAUGGAGCUGCAUGGCAGAGUUUCCUUUAGAGGGGUCGAGGCGACCGCGGUGGAGAAACUGACGGGAAUGUUCAUUAGCGACGGGUUCAGGAGAAGUCCGCGACGUGCGACGGAGCUCAGUCAAGGACUACUCUUAUCGGAUUGCUUGUCUAUGGAGUUGGGAGCGCCCGAUGACCGUUGUAGGCUUCAGCUCGUGCUAGAUGCAGAGACUCUGACUGCAGUGUAUCACAAACUUUGGCAGUCCUGA